AGUCUCUACCUUGUAUCAGUCCAGCUUUCGAGCGCAACAGUGGUUAUCCCACAGCUGCUCCUGGUGUCUGUAUCGCGCCGGCAAAGCGAGGCACUUAGUGGUGAUGGUGAAUCUUCCCUGACACAUAAAGGAUCAUCACUAGUUCUAAUCAAUUCCACCAAGGGGCUAUCUUCUUCCUUAUCACAGCAGACACUGCAGACUGAUCCCAAGUACCCCUGGCAGUCCCACCGCCUCGCUCCCGAAGAAUGGACUCCAAAAAACAAACCUCUCAAGAACAGCCUCCGGUGUCAAAAUUUUCAGUCACCUCAGAGAAUGAGCUGGAGACGCUGAAGCAGAAUGGAAAAUGGGCGUCUAUCAUCGCGCUGCUGACCUUCAUGUACGGCAACAUGACGGUGGCGCGACAGUUGCCUCCUGAUCCUCGUCAGAAGUCCUGGCUGAUGAUGCAAUCGCCCUAUCCGAACCUGAUCAUCUCUUUACUGUACGUGUACGCUGUCACCGUCUGGGGCCCGCGUUACAUGAGCAAACAGAAGCCUGUGGCGGGAUUAAGGCCCUACAUGAUGAUAUACAAUGCAUUUCAAGUCGUCUUCUCAGCUUAUCUGUUUUUAGAGGGAGGAUUUGCUGGCUGGUUCACGGAAUAUAACUGGGUGUGUCAGAAGUGCGAUUUCUCCGAGAACACAAAUGCUAUCAGGAUGAUGAACGUUGGCUACUGGUACCUCAUCUCUAAAUUCAUCGACUUCAUCGACACAGCGUUCUUCGUGCUGAACAAGAAGACCGAGCACAUCUCCUUGCUGCACGUCUCCCACCACGCCCUGAUGCCAGUUGGUUUGUGGUUCGGUGUCCACUUCCAGCCGGGUGGCCACAGCACUCUGAUGGGUCUCCUCAAUUCCUUCGUGCACACUGUUAUGUACCUGUACUACCUGCUGGCUGCCAUGGGACCUCGCGUGCGGCCCUUCCUGUGGUGGAAGAAGUACCUCACCACCCUCCAGAUGGCGCAGUUCACCAUCGUUUUCUUCCACGCCUUGUCGCUAGCGUUCGUGGAAUGUGACGUCCCCGUGGCACCUGCUCUGGUGCGCUGGCUGUGUGGACAGGCGGUCAUCUUCUUCGUCCUCUUCGCAGAUUUCUACGCGAAGGCCUACCGCAGCAAAGAUAGGACCAAGGUCAAUGGCAAAUCUAACGGCUUCGCUAAAGUGUCGGAAGACAAUGGCUGGGGUGCUGGAGAAAAGGACGGUGCUGCAGGAGCCAAUCAUAAAUCGCUCGCCGCCCCUUUCACCUGUGUGCCCUCAGGUUUCCAAGAUGUUAUUACGGAAAGGAAACACACUUACAAUUAGGACCUCUAUUCUGUCUCCUGCCCAGCAUCCAUCACAUCCCGGCAGAAACUCCAGACUUUCGCGCAGCCUCUGUCAUUCACCUAUAAGCAUGUUAUGGACCAAGGGAGCCAAUCCUUAGAUACAUGUAUUCCCCAAUAGGAAUCAUCGGUAGGGAAUUAUUUCAAUGGACAUAACUCAGGCGACCUUAUCAUAGCAGCCUCCCAAGCACCAACAACCGUAUUAAUGCAUGGGACACGCUGCUAUGGAAUGUCGUCAUGUAAAUGUUCGUGCAUGCGGGUGUUUUGGAGAGGUAGUGUUAAGACCUCCAUAGUACAUAUCUAUAUGCCAAAUAUCCAUAAUAAAAAUUUUGUAUA